AUGCUGGACCAUGUGGAAGUUCAUCUACCCUUUGCAAGAAUGAGUGGUUAUUGUGAAAUGGAAGCUUCAAGCAGAUUUGAGUCUGGUAACAGUAUUAACACAUUUCAGAAAUUCAUCACCAUUGGGCUAGACCCCACUCUUCUCUGUGCCCAGCCCAGCCCACACCUGGCUGAGAGUUUCAAUGGAUUGCAACACCUUGCAACUGGCCUUUUCCUGCCUACUGUCCAUGCAGCGGGUUCAUCGAGGCAGCACCAGCCUGAGCGUGAACCAUCAUCUCGUGAAUGGAGCAUGCAUGACGAUGUAUUUAUUGAUCCCUCACACCCGGAACACAAACCCUCAGUAGACAAAGAUCAUAUGUUUGCGGAGGAUGACAUCAAGGUUGAACAUCACCCAAAAGUGGCAUCAAGACCAAGGUUUAUGCGUUUGAGGAAAUUUGAAGUCACCAAGAUAGCUCUCGAGGCUGCACUGAACAAUGAGCAAACCAAUUGGCUCACCAAAAUCUGCCACCAGUGUGCUUUUGGGAAAGACAAAUUCACCUUCAAAAACCACAAGAACAUUCACAAGAAAUGGGAUGCAGCAUCUCAACAUGUCACAGGGGUGGUUCAAUUUCUUGUAAUGUUCAUGAAAGAAGUGAUUUCAAUGAUGUAUGAGGAUAAAUCAUGGGAUUUCGAACACCUAUCAAAAUUUGAUGGCAUAAACUUUGUACGAUUUAUGGAUGAGCCUUACACUGCAGAAGCCUUCUGGGACUUUCAAUCGCAACUGCCUGAAGGUGCUAAGCCACUGACUUUCAUACUGUAUGCCGACAAGACCAAGUUGUCAAGUUCUGGUGCUGCGAAAGCCUAUCCUGUCAUCGCUUGGUUAGUGAACUUGCCUACAGACAUAUGCAAUGGAGAGGGUAUAGGUGGUGGUUAUGUUGUUGGCUGGCUGCCAAUUGUGAAGGAGGACAAAGAAUUUGCGAAAAAGCCUGGUUGGCUGAUUACAAGGAACAAUGUUCACCGAGCACUGUCAUAUGAUAAGCUUCAUUUCCGUGAUGGUGGCCUUUUUGAUGACCAUCUUUGGGUCAAGUUCCAGAAGUUCCUGAAUGGCCUUGGGAGAGACACUGUUUCUCAGAUUGACAAGAGGUUUAAAGAAUUUCUGUGCUGGUGUAAUCAGAAGCACCCCAAUCAGGUCAUGGACAUUGCAUUUACUGACAGCUCCAUACCUGAGAACAUUUUGAAGAUGAUACCAUAUGCUGCGCAUGAUGUUGUGACAAAGGAGGACUGUCCACUUGGUUACCUGCUUCUUCGGUGCAUAUUUCUGUAUAUUGAAGUUGACAUGUAUGCAUCGUUAGAAGUUCACACAUCAAAUAUGGUUCGUGAAGGGAGAAAUGUAGUUGAGGUAUUCUCUGUGUUCCUAAAGCAAUAUAUUGACAAAAUAGCAAAUAUUGAGGAUAAGGGUUGGAACUUCCCAAAACUCCAUAUGGAUGUGCAUCUGUUUGACGACAUUGAAAUUCUGCAUGUAAAUCACUGGCAACUGGUCGUGGAGGAUAUUCAUCGUCGUCUGUCAGACUUCGAUGAAUAUCAUCGCUCACAAGCACAAAAUCAAUCUGCUGAUGAUGCACUUGACGCUGGAGAUGAUGUGUUUGAUGCUGCAGACGACCUGAUUCCACUGACAGGUGUUCUCCAUGUGAAAGUUGGGUCGAAACAACCCCCACAGACUUUUGACUUGGUUGAGAACGUUUACCGUAGUGACAACACAUUUUCAAACUUCCACACCAGACUCAAUGACUUUUUGAACGACUUCUUACCUGCUUCCAAUAUACCUCUACCACAAGGGAAACAGAUUUGCCUCCGAGCAAGUGAUGAGAUAACAGAAUUUCGCUUUUUGAAAGUCGACUAUGAAUCAAUGGUCGAUUGGCAGCAGCACACUGAUUAG